UAUCCGCGACCGCGAGAUGAUCUUGAAGAGGUGUUUGCUUUAUGAAUGACGAUGAAUCGGCUCUGUUUUCCUGUUUCCAACGGUUGUAAUCACACCAUCAUCGUUGUCUUCAUCUAUACUAAUAUUCAAAUGGUCAAUUAUAAAGCCCAAUAAGCUAACUAAGCCCAAAAAUGAAAACACACGGACUCAGCCCAUACAAAUUUUAACACUUAAGGCUAAUGGGUCUGUCACGUGCGGAAUAGACUGAAAACAGAGCAUCGCACGUGCCGCAUCAAAAUUUGAAAUCACGACGACUUCAAAAAAAUCCCAAAUGGUAAGAAAAAAAUAAAAAGUUGCAGAAAAAACAGAAAACCCUCUUUUCUCUCUCUUCUCUCUCUCUCGAGGAAGAAAGGCAACAACUAUGGAAGCUAUGCUUGUGGACUGUGUAAACAACAGUCUUCGUCAUUUUGUCUACAAAAAUGCUAUUUUCAUGUGCGAGCGUCUCUGCGCUGAGUUUCCUUCUGAGGUUAAUUUGCAGCUAUUAGCCACCAGCUACCUGCAGAAUAAUCAAGCUUACAGUGCAUAUCAUCUGCUAAAGGGAACACAAAUGGCUCAGUCCCGAUACUUGUUCGCAUUAUCAUGCUUCCAGAUGGACCUUCUCAAUGAAGCUGAAUCUGCACUCUGCCCUGUUAAUGAACCUGGUGCGGAGAUCCCAAAUGGUGCAGCAGGCCAUUACCUUCUUGGACUUAUUUACAAGUAUACUGAUAGAAGGAAGAAUGCUGCUCAACAAUUUAAACAGUCCUUGACAAUAGACCCUCUACUUUGGGCUGCAUAUGAGGAAUUAUGUAUAUUAGGUGCUGCUGAGGAAGCAACUGCAGUUUUUGGUGAAACAGCUGCUCUCUCCAUUCAAAAGCAGUAUAUGCAACAACUGUCAACUUCCCUCGGCUUAAACACUUACAACGAGGAACGUAAUUCAACUUCUACUAAAAACACGAGUUCUGAAGAUUAUAGUCCAAGGCAGUCUAAACACACACAAAGCCAUGGCCUUAAAGAUAUCUCCGGAAAUUUCCAUUCUCAUGGAGUUAAUGGAGGUGUUUCGAACAUGUCAUUCUAUAAUACGCCUUCGCCAGUGGCUGCACAGCUAUCCGGUAUAGCUCCACCACCACUUUUCCGGAAUUUUCAGCCAGCUGUUGCAAACCCAAACUCCCUUAUUACUGACAGUUCUCCAAAGUCCACUGUUAACUCUACUCUUCAAGCACCUAGAAGAAAGUUUGUAGAUGAAGGAAAGUUACGUAAGAUUUCUGGCAGACUAUUUUCUGAUUCUGGUCCACGACGGAGUUCAAGACUGUCUGCUGAUUCAGGGGCAAACAUUAAUUCAAGUGUUGCAACAGUAAGCGGAAAUGUGAACAACGCUUCCAAGUAUUUGGGAGGUUCUAAAUUGAGUUCUUUGGCACUUCGUUCUGUAACACUUCGGAAGGGACACUCCUGGGCAAAUGAAAACAUGGAUGAAGGGGUCCGUGGGGAACCUUUUGAUGAUUCAAGGCCUAAUACUGCCUCAACGACUGGUUCUAUGGCUUCCAAUGAUCAAGAAGACGAAACAAUGUCGAUUGGUGGCAUAGCAAUGAGUUCUCAAACAAUCACAAUUGGUGUUUCGGAAAUUUUAAACCUCCUUAGGACACUCGGAGAAGGGUGUAGACUUUCAUACAUGUACAGGUGUCAGGAGGCACUGGAUACGUAUAUGAAACUUCCACAUAAGCAUUAUAAUACAGGAUGGGUUCUUUCCCAGGUCGGGAAAGCAUACUUUGAACUAAUUGACUAUUUAGAGGCUGAAAAGGCAUUCCGUCUUGCCCGUCUGGCUUCUCCUUAUUGCUUAGAAGGAAUGGAUAUAUACUCUACGGUCCUCUAUCAUUUGAAGGAAGACAUGAAGCUGAGUUACUUGGCUCAGGAACUAAUAUCAACCGAUCGCUUAGCUCCUCAAUCUUGGUGUGCUAUGGGAAAUUGCUAUAGCUUGCAAAAGGACCAUGAGACCGCACUGAAGAAUUUCCUACGAGCUGUUCAACUGAAUCCAAGAUUUGCAUAUGCACAUACCUUAUGUGGCCACGAAUACACAACUCUUGAGGAUUUUGAGAACGGAAUGAAAAGUUACCAAAACGCACUUCGUGUAGAUACAAGACACUACAACGCAUGGUACGGGCUUGGAAUGAUAUAUCUACGCCAAGAGAAGUUAGAGUUCUCAGAGCAUCACUUCAGAAUGGCUUUCCUAAUAAACCCGAGUUCCUCUGUUAUAAUGUCUUAUUUAGGGACAUCUUUGCAUGCCUUGAAGGUUAUCUUAUUACUUUCAUCUUAUCAGGUCUACAAGAAAAACAAUCUUUGAAGAAUGACUAAAUGCUUCUUCUUGUUUUGUGUUAAUAGAGAAGUGAGGAAGCACUAGAGAUAAUGGAGCAAGCCAUAGUAGCAGAUAGAAAAAACCCUCUUCCAAUGUACCAGAAAGCUAACAUACUUGUCUGCUUAGAAAGAUUAGAUGAAGCUCUAGAAGUUCUUGAGGAGCUCAAAGAGUAUGCGCCUUCAGAGAGCAGCGUUUACGCUUUAAUGGGCAGGAUCUAUAAGCGGCGAAACAUGCACGAUAAAGCCAUGCUUCAUUUCGGUCUAGCUUUAGAUAUGAAACCGCCUGCAACUGACGUUGCUGCAAUAAAGGCUGCAAUGGAGAAAUUGCAUGUUCCAGAUGAGAUCGAUGAGAGCCCGUGAAACCAUAGCUACUCCAAGAACCUUGGGUAUGAAUUAAUGUGAGACCGUUGCUGCUCCACGAACCAUGGGUAUGAAUUAUUUAGUGCAAAGCCUACCUCUUUUAGGGAACUAGUUGGGUUUGAAUGUAGUUUUGUUACCAAACCGUAACACAGCCACAAGAGCCCACAUGACUUGAGUAUGUAUCAUGAGUUGAUCUGUAUGUUGUCCGUAACACUACCUAAUCGCAAUAUAUGAUUUUUCCACAUCUACAUAUACAUUUUACCACUUAAACCUUGUUCAUCAAAAGAUAAUUUAUUUCGUUA